CACACUAGGACGCGUCUGAUAUCAACUAUGAGUAUUCGUAGUUUACCCUCAAACUUUCGAGGCCAAUUGCGGCCCAGGGUGACGAACUGGUGGAGAGGACCUUUGAUAUGCAAUUCCUGCAGCACAAAAAACCCUUUAAGAGCAUCAUUUUCCAGUUCUCCGCGCGCUUUGGAAAAGCCAUAUUACAUCACCUCCCCGAUUUUCUAUGUUAAUGCCGCCCCUCAUGUCGGACACCUCUACACAAUGGUCCUCUCGGACAUCCUCAAACGUUGGCAGGUCUUGCAAGGGAAGAAGGCCAUUUUAUGUACCGGUACCGACGAACACGGAAUGAAAAUCCAACAGGCGGCAGCCAAAGCCAAUAUUCCACCGAAAGAGUUCUGCGAUUUAACAUCACAGAGGUUCUUGGAUUUAGCGGAACGAGCGAAUCUGUCCUAUGACCAUUUUGUGAGGACCUCGGAUGAGGAUCACAAGGAAGCGGUGCAGUACUUUUGGUACAUGUUGAAGGCUAGGGGAUACAUAUAUGAGUCGAAACAUCAAGGGUGGUAUUGCGUCAGUGACGAGACGUAUUAUCCAGAAUCUGUGAUUGAGAAACGACUAGAUCCACAGACGGGGAAGACCUUUAUGGCGUCCCAGGAGACUGGUAAAGAGGUGGAAUGGACCUCUGAAUCAAAUUACCAUUUUCGAUUAUCUGCCUUUAAGGACCGUCUGCUUGAGUUCUACAAGGAAAAUCCGGAAUUUUUAGAGCCUGCGACCCGAAUGAAUGAUGUUGUCCAAUGGGUCUCGGCUGGCUUGGAAGAUCUUUCUGUAUCUCGUCCCGUGGAAAGACUGAGCUGGGGAAUACGGGUACCUGAUGAUCCCAGCCAAACUAUUUACGUCUGGCUUGAUGCCCUCGUCAGCUAUAUUACCAAAGCGGGAUAUCCAUGGACGCCAGGAAAGGGGUCAGCGGGAGGAUGGCCAGCAGAUGUGCACGUUAUUGGGAAAGACAUCGUUCGAUUUCAUUGCAUAUACUGGCCAGCUUUUCUCCUCGCGUUGGACAUACCACUACCAAAGAAGAUUCUCGCCCAUGCUCACUGGACUUUGGGGAAUCAAAAGAUGGCUAAAUCUACUGGCAACGUGGUCAAUCCACUCUUCGCUAUAGAUCGGUUCGGAAUCGACGUGAUGAGGUAUUAUCUUGCGCACGACGGUGGCAUCAAAAAUGACUCGGAUUACGGGAAUCAUUUGAUUGUGAAGAGAUACAAGAAGGGGCUGCAGGGAGGUAUUGGCAAUCUUGUGAGUAGAAUCACAAGGCCCAAGAUCUGGAGUGUAAAGCAAGCGGUUGAGGCAGCCAGAGAUGGAACACUACGCAGAGGCGCAAAAUACACCAAGGAGCAGGCUGCCAUGUUGAGUGAUCUUGCCAGGCUUGUCAAUAUCAAAAUGGAGCAGCUGGAUCCUGGAGCAGCAUUGCAGCUUAUUAUGGAUGCUGUUUACUUCACGAACAAAUACCUUCAAAACUGUGCACCUUGGGCACUUGCGAAGAGUCAGGAUAUAAAACCACAAAAUUUCGUUGCCGAGAAUGAAAGUAGGGCCGUCAGAGGUUCUCCAAUGUUAGUCGACAAAUAUCAAGAGCUGCAAGAAGCAGACAAGAACGCGCGCAAAAUAGAACGCACCAUCUUCCACUGCGCAGAAGCUAUCCGCAUCGUCGGCAUCCUUCUCCAGCCAUACAUGCCGACGAAAGCCGCACAACUUCUUGAUAUGAUGGGCGUAGACGAGUCGCGACGGACUUUCGAGUAUGCUCGAUUGGACGCCGAUUAUACAUACGGGACGCCGAAGUUAUCCCCCGGCAAACAUGAUUUUGACUCGUUGUUUCCUCCGCUAAGUGUUGAGACCUGA